AUGGAGGUGAUCGCGUGGAACGGCGAUUACGGCCUCGUCUCCAUCUGUCCGGACUGCAUCCGUCUGAUAACCUACUUGAAGUUCGCCAAAGUCCCCGCAGAAAUACAUUACAAACGGAACCCGUACUGGUUCAGCGAGUCCAGAUUCCCGAUCUUCAGAACGGGGAGGUACGCCCUCACCCAAUACUCGAGCAUCGUCGAGCAGCUGCGCUUCAUGAGAUACAGCCUGGAUUUCGGGCUGAGCUGCAAGAAUUGCAGCGAAACUUUGGCCCUGAUGUGCCAAUGCACGAAGAUGCUGGAGCCGCUCCUCGAGUACACCUUGUGGUUGGAUAGAAGCAAUUUCGAGCAACUGACGAGACCUUGGUACACGAAAGUGAUGCCGUUCCUUCUCAACGUACUGUACAUCAAGAGGCGGCAGAGCAAAGCUCGCGAUCUUCUCGAAGUGCAUUUUCCAAACACCGAAGAUCUGACGACACUGCAGGGUUACGUGAGGAAUAUGGCCGUGGACGCGUUUUCGAUGCUCUCGACGCGCUUGGGGAAGAACGAUUACUUUUACGGCAGUUCCCCGUCUUCGUUGGAUUGCAUGGUUUACGCGUACUUGGCGCCGCUGGCGAAGAUCCCGUUCCCGUCGAAGGAGAUCCAGGACCUGCUGAAAACUUACCCGACCUUGCUGAAGUAUGUGAGCAGAAUAGACGAGGCGUAUUUCUCAGGCCUCCGCGACGACCACGUCUAUUUGAAGAUCGAAGCGAAAGACAAACAGCAGGACGAAAGCUCGAGCGCCCCAAUGAAAACGAAACUGCUCGCCCUCACGUUCGUAGCUUUAGCCCUGCUCGGCUACGCAGUUUCCAACAACCUCGUCAGCAUCCCCAAGAUUGUCUAAUUAAAGACGUACGCGCGCACGAGAUGAUUUAAUAAAUGGAUUUAAGUUAACCGAAGCAAGUAUAAAAUAUAUAUAUAUUUCAACUGCUAAGUAAAUUAACACAAGUUUCCGUUAAUUAUCCUUAUUCCAACAGCGAGAAUAUUACAACUGGAACAUUCAUAUUUUUUUUUACAAUUAUUUAAUCUAAUAAUAAACGAGCUCGAAAUUAAUAUUUGCCUUCGCGUAAUUAAUGCACGUCCUCGAUUCCUCCACGGUUUAAAGAAGUUACAUGAAAAGGAAUUGAUUCCUUAUUAGUGAAGGGGACUCGCCGAAUCUAAAAGAUUAAAAGCGCUGAAACAAAAGGGGAUGGUAAAAACUUUGUUCUUUUCAGCUUUCCUUCCGUAUUAAAAGCCUUUUGUGUAUUUCCUCCACUCUCUCUCGUUUUUUACGUUUCUUUUUUUUUAGGUCGUGUAUCAGUUUUGAAAGAUUUAGAGGAUUGCAAUUCAAAUUAGCGAUUACCGUCGGGUCUGCCUUUCAAAGAAUAGAAAAAUGUAAAUCCUCGAAAUCCCAUGCAAAUUGGCUUCCUCUUAAGACAGCAACUGUAAGAGUAAAUAGAAGAGCCCCGAUAUCGUUUGCCCACAUGCAAAUCACGAUCGAGAUACGUGGCUCUGACGUUUAAUUUCUACCCUUAAUUGAAUCUCACUCCCCUUUUCCUACAUCCACUU